AUGAGCGAAAAUAAUUCCGGAUUUGAAAAUUUCGUAACUACCUUGGAAUCCUUUAAAAGCUUACAAUCUGGUAUUUCUGGAUCACGUAUAAAGAAAUUAACCAAUUUUGCACUUGAGAAUGUCGAACUAGAAGAAAAAAUGGUUUCUUCAAUAAUAAAUUAUUCAAAAACUUGUCAAGAUAGUCAUAAAUUAGGUGCUUUAUAUAUUAUUGAUUCCAUAGCAAAGGUAUAUCUAGAGCAAGCAAGAGCCCACAAACAAUAUAUUAAAUCAACCGCUAAGCCAGGUACUUAUGCUCACGCUGUUUAUGUACUUGGUGAAGCAAUCCAAGAUUUAUUAUAUGAUUCCAUAUCUAAGAGUAAUGCAGAAAAUACUGAGAAGGUUCGUAUGCUUAUCGAUAUUUGGGAUAGAGUGGGACUUUUCCCAAAAGGUCACUUGAACGCAAUUAGAGCCAAAUGUUUUGCCAUGGGCGAUUAUAAUUCAACUUCAGCUUCGCUCUCCAAUGCUUUUAACAAGCAUAAAUCAGACGAUGCUAAAAUUACCUAUGCUCAAGAUCCACAAGAAAGAUGUACCCAAAUAUUGAAUAACUUGAACGAUAGUAGCAAUCUUUCCUCUAAGAACCAUACUCACUUAAAUGUUUCUAUACCUGCUGAAUUAACUAAUUCGUCCGUUCCAUCUAAACAACAAGAUGCAUUAGUACAACUUUUAAUUACCAUUCAACAACAGUUAAAAUCUGCUUCGUCUACUUCAUCAAGAAGAUCUUCUGUAAUUGCUCCUCCUCCACCAUCUCAAGUUGCUCAUGUUACUACAGAAUAUGGUAGUAGACGUCUACGAGAACGUAAUGAAGAAGAUAGACAUGUCAGUAAAAGAUCAUACCGCUCGAGGUCUCCACCAUCGGGAAGACGUAAUUCAUUGAAUAAUCGUAAUCAAAAUGUCGGUCACAUGAACAAUAAUAAUAAUAACAAUAAUUAUAACAUCAAUAGCGAUAAUUUCUCAACUGUCAUUGGUAUGAAUAAUCAUCAUUUAUACCCAAAUGAAAUGAAUAUUCCAUCAAAUUCUCAUUACAGAGUUAAAAAUGUUGGAUUUGAUCCAAGUUUACCACCUGAUCAUGUCAAAGUCUUCAGUAGAACUUUAUUUAUUGGAGGUGUUCCAAUGCAUAUGAAAGAAUGGGAACUUUCAAACAUUUUAAAACCAUUUGCUGAAGUUCAAUCUGUUAUUUUAAAUAAUCAAAGAAAACAUGCCUUUGUCAAAGUUUAUUCAAGACAAGAAGCUGAGAAUGUUUUAAUGAAUUUUAAUAGAGAUGGUUCUUAUAAUCUGAGAACUCGUUGGGGGGUUGGGUUCGGUCCAAGAGAUUGUUGUGAUUAUCAAAACGGUAUAAGUAUAAUUCCUUUGAAAAGGCUAACAGAAGCAGAUCAAAAAUGGGCUGUAAGUGCACAAUGGGGUGGUACUGGUGGUCAAGAAUUAACAACUGGUUUAGUCUUUGAUGAACCUGAUAUCAUUAUCGGUGAUGGUGUUUCUUCAAAAGUUAUCUCACAAAGGAUGCCAACAGAUGGUACAAGGAAUGGACCAAGAUCACUUAAACGUAAUCCAAUGCCUCUUCAAUCUGGUUCUUAUGCCACCCCGCCCCAGCAACAGCAGCCUCCACAAAUGGUUCAACCACAACCAUAUGGAUCACCAAACCAACUGUAUGGCCAAUUACAACCAAAUAUGCUUCCGCCACAACAGCAACAACAACAAUCUUAUUAUGCAAUGAAUGGACAACAACAAGUACCACCUCCCCCACCACCACAACAACAAGUACAACAAAAUGUAGCAGAUCCAACAGCUCAACUAAAUUCAUUAAUGAAUAUGUUAAACCAACAACAGCAACGUAGCUAG